GUCAAGUUUUUUCGGUUCAGAUAAUUAUCGUUCAACUAAAAGCGAAGAAGAUGAGCAGUCUCAGUGAUGAUUUCAUGACAGACAUGAACAUACUACAGAGUCUCCACAUACACACACACACACACACACACGUAUUCAAAUGAGUCUAUUCCCUGAGAGGCCGUUUCUCUGUGAACUGACUCUAAUGUGUCAAAUGUGUCAAAUAUUGAGCACAAUGCUGAAGGAGGCUUUUGUGGAGGUGGAGAAGCUGGCGGUUGGCUCGUCAUCUCUGGAGACGGUGGCCGGCAGAGUGGACGGACUGUCACAUUCAGCUCUUUGUGCACCCGUCUCGUCUCCCGGGUCCUUUGUGGAGGCUGGACAGGCUGAUCCACCUCAGAAUCCAGCGUCGUGCCUGCCUUGUAUUCACGUCAGCCUUCCUCUUCAUCCCGGUGAGGGAUUUCAUUGUCAGAGCAGACGCCUUGAAUGCUACACUGAUCAAGGAAAAAUAAUCAACUGCCCUUUUGUUUCAGCAGCCGUUUCAACGGGAGAAAAUAAACUUAUGGAAAUGAAGCCUUAUCGUGCGCAGUUCAGACACCGGCUGUGAUGUGAUUUGCCUUGUGGUGGUUUGCAGCCGUCCAGCCGAGGCCCCCCGCCGCGAGCUGAGGCCUGCAGCCAGCUGACAGGGCUCCAGAGCGUUCUGAUACUGCAGCUUCCAGCGUGUCUAAACCUGCACAACCUGCCGACCUUGCGACUAAACAUCCGACACCUUAGAUUCUAACAGUUGACUUGAUAUACUGCACAAGUAUCAGGGGAGCUUCAGUGAUACACUAUGUGAGGCAGGAAUAAGUAAGAAAAGAUGCAACAUGAAGCCGAGGUUAAAAAUAAAGAGUGGAGCUCCUCAGGGGUCGAUAUUAGGCCCCUAACAGUUUAUGAAUUAUUUGUGUUUCACAGGAUUUUAUUGCAGUGUUUAAAGAUGAUCACAACAGAAAUAAUUGAAUUAAAGCGAAGUUAAACAAAACAAAGUUAGGCUGUCUGGAAAUAUUCACACAGAUGUAAUCAGUAAUUUAGGAAUGCACAGAUUUAAGUGCUGGACUAUGUAAUACCUUACAUUUGCUCUAGGCACAACCCACCAGCAAAUACUCCAAAACUGACAAAACUUCUUCUUCUUCUUCUUCGUGAUUUUUUUUCUUCUUCUUUAUCUCAAAAUUUAAGAACAACAACAACAAAAAAAAAAAAAAACAACUAGAAACAAAAACACUGAACAAAAUAAUACAUAUGUACACAAAACAACUGUACAUGUCAAAGAUAAAUUAACACAACUUAUGUACAGUAUGUCAACAAUAAACAGUUUGAGAAGGAACAGAAAGAAGCAAAAAGCUUAUCUAGUCCUGACCCUUCCUUGCAAAUUAGAGAUUUAAAAAAAGAAAAAAAUCUAUUUGUAUAAUAAUCCCACUACUGACAAAACUUAGAUGCAUUUGUUUUAACAUUAAC